AUGUCAGCCGGUGUUGGCGGAGGCGCUGCCAUCGGAUGGGCUGGUUGGAUGGGCUGGCUUGUCCAGAACGGCGACGGUUUGCUCGGAUCUAUUGGCUUGGACCCGAAUACUGCCAUGGCUGUAGGUGCUCUGAGCGCAGUGACAAGCAUUCGAUGGGCUGUUGGACGAUGGGAGAAGGGCAAGAGGAAAUGGUGGGCAGACUGGCAACGAGUUGCUGAAGGUCUUGACCGCGAUCUGAGGAGCGCACUUCAUCGGAACUUCAAGGACCGAGUGUCGUUAUUGGCACAAACAUCGUCCAAUGGCGUGCGGAAUACCGUCCAACAGCGAGAAGAGGAGAUUGCUCAAGUAAAUGACGAAGUUGGGCAGCUUCGAAAGGAAGUGAAGGCGGUCAUGGAACAGUCAUAG